AUGGGACAAGCCUAUUCGAAUCUUCCACCUGAGUUUGAACAAGCACUCCGGAAAGUCCUACAUUUUGAUUCUGGAACACUACAGCAAACGUGUCCGUCAUGGGAACAACAAGUGGAAGUAAUUAGAGAUAUUAUUCUACCGUUGUUUGAUCAUUCUCAAUUUAAACAUUUUGUUCAAACAAAAAUAGAUGCUCUCGUUCUCAAACAUUUGGGAUUUAUUUUGUCCUAUUUAAUUUAUAAUGUGUAUCAUGGAGUGAUCAAUGAUGCACCAUCGGAAUUAGACCAUCAUCAUCAUCAACAACAGCUUACGGUUCAACAAUCCAUGCUUGUUUUGGAGAUUGAAAAAAUUAUAAUUUGUAUCUAUGAAUUAGCAUCAUACUUUUUAUCAAAUCCAUUUCUCUAUCAAUCACUGGCACUAAAUUUAUUACAAAGCGAAAAAGAUAAAUCGCAAGAGAAGGAAUUAGUUUAUAACUAUUAUAUUGAACCUGCGUUUUACUUUAUCGCUAAUCCUAAAAUUCUGGAAACAGUACUCAAAUUUUUGAAAGAGCUGAUUAGUGGUGGAGGAAGUAGGGCCAUGUUUCUUUCGCCUAACACUGGCACUAAUUCCGAAGAGGAUAAAAUCAGUGAACGAAAGAAGCAAGAUUUUUUGGGAUCUGUUUUAGAAAUUCAACAACAUUUUUCUUUGAAAUCAAGAGGAUUUGAGCUGUUUUACACAAUUUUAGAGUUUUAUCUUCAUGGAGAGAAACCGAAGAAUCCAAAAAAGCUUGCAUUGAAAACUCACUCUUGUCACAUCAUUUUGAUUACCUUAGACAUCUUAAAAACAAUUUUAGAUCAAGAAAACUCACUUGUCUCACAGCAUUUUUGUUCUACUUUUAGGCUUGAGAAAGAGGCAACCAUUAUGGACAGAAAGAAAUUUUGCCAAACCGUUCUUUUAUUAUGUCAAGUUUAUCCUUUAACAUCAAUUCACCAAGAAGAGCAUCAAGUUGAUGUCUUUUUCCUCAUUAGGAUGAAUGCAAUUCAUUUACUAUUUAUUCUUCUCAAUGAGUCAUCCAUGACAGGGAGACAAAAUAUUUUAGAGUGUAUUAUAAUAUUCGGUGCAUUAUUACAUCAAAUGAGAGGGUUACUACUGUCUCCACAACAACAAAGCUCAGACCACUACACAAAACAAACUCUUAUUAGUAUGGAAUUUUUGCGAGUGUGUUGUAAUAUUGAUUGUGGAAAGUUAUACAAUAAUCCAUGUGAAAUUUUGAUCAACAAUCUUUUACCAUCUCAGCUAGUGAAACAACUUCUUACUCAACAAAAGCACUUGCAACAGGAUACGAAUCAAACGUUUGAUGCCAACAUUUUGUUACAUGAUUCCUCAUCGUAUGAUCUGAUAUGGAAUCAACAAAUGAGAGAUGAGCUUUUAAAAGCGCUAGAUAGUGAAAUUCUACUUGUCGAAGAUAGACUUGCUUCUAUUUCAAAUGAUUUACAAUGGACAUCCGCUCUCAACAUGUCUAAAGAUCUCAGAAUUAGAUACAAGGCAAUUUCUAGUGAAAUUGAAUCGAAUGGUAUUUAUAUUGAAAGAGCUCUUGAGUAUGCUUCUUCCAAUAGUGAGGACAAUAUUGAAAAUUUGCUCAGUGUUGGCACUUUUGAAGGGCUCUAUGAAAAAAUGUUCUUACUAUCCAACAUUGAUAAUGAUGAUGUAGAAAUGAAGACAAGAAUUUUAGGAUGUCUAUUCAAGCUUAAUGAAAUGAUUAGACUUGGACAACAUGUGCCACUCACUCCUUCUGAUAAGACAGACGUUAACGAGCAAACAAUCUUGAAUGUUCCUAUGCACCGAAUGAAUUACUUGUCACGAUUACUCUCUGUGAAGCAUUUCAAAGAUGACUACUUUUAUAAUACGACAUUGUUAAUAUCUUCCAUUCUGUCCAAUAAGAAAAAGAUACACUCCUAUAUGGAUGAUCUCGAUAAGGAAGACACCUUACAUAACUUGAUGUUUCAUAUGGUAAGAGAGCAACUGGUGGCACAUCACAAUUAUGUACACACAUCAAGUACGACGUAUGCAGAUGUAGAAGCUGUACGACGAAUUCUAUCGCUCCUCUAUAUUUUAGGAGAAUUGUUAAAUCAUAGACCAAGACGAAUGGUUGAUAUUGUCAACAAUCUACAUUAUGUGAAUGUUCUGGUGAUGAAUUUGAACAUACGAUCGAAUCGACCAGAAAAAUUAGAGCUGAUCUGGCAAACAGUUUUCUUGAUACAUACAUUGGUGGAAUCUCCUCUCUAUAACUCGUCAGCUUUGAGGCAACACUUACACAAAACAGGUAUAUUUGAAAUCAUGCUCAUCAUUAUUGCUACAAUGGAAGAACACAGUACCAAAUGUCUUGCAACUAUUGCCAAGUUCUUAAAGAGUUUCCACAUGAUACCAGUUUCAGAAGCAUGCACUGAAUAUUAUUCAUAUCUCAGAUACUUCUUACCAAGCCAAUUGCUGAAACUGUUAAAUAGUGAUAAGGAAAAAGAUGUAGAUACGUUUAUUUCUGCUGUUUCUAAAAAAGAUUAUAACUCACCAUUCCUCUUUUGGAAUUCUAACCACAGAGCGCUUUUGUGUGAAUCUUUGAAAAAUCGAUUCAAAGCAUUUGACGAAAAGAGACUGAAUUUGAGUUCUCAAAUUGUAGAGACGCAACAAGUGGACCCCUUAAAGUUACCGAAAUUGAUAUUUUCUAACUCUCCCUCAACAAACUAUCUUUAUGUUUACGAAGAACCAGUUGUAGUGAAAUAUUUAGACAUUGAAGACAAGUUAUCCGUCUAUGAUAUUUUUGUGGAGGGCUUUGUUAACAGCGUACCAAGUGAUGAUAUGGAAACUUAUAUAUCCAUCAAUGAAAUUGUAGAUCCAGAACUAUUUCUCUCCAAACUCAUUGAUGCACUUGAACAAGAACAAAAUAGAAAUAACGCAAAUUUAAUCGUUCAGGCUCAGACAAAACUCUUCUAUCAAUUCUCAUUAGGCAAAUUUACACCAAGUCAAUCUUCUUCCAUCCAUUUCUUAAAAUAUCAAGGUUAUUCCAGCUUGUUUAGAAAAUACACGACUCUGUUGACCGAGAUGCAAGACAUUGAAGAAAAAAUUAACUCCUUAAACGUUGUGGUACAUUUAUUGGCUAGUCAAUUGGAACCAGAACCUGAGAUUUCACACCGAAACAAAUUACUCUUUAUAACAUCGGGAGGAUUGAAUUUCACAUCCACGAAUAUUCUUAAGGAAGCUCAUUGCAGAGGCAAUGAACAAUUAAUGAUCAAUUGUUUGAGAGUACUUGAUGCCAUUGCUGAUGUAUUGAUGCCUGUGGCUUUAGAAGAUGAAGAACGAAAGUUAGUUCCAACAAGUUUCUUUGACGACUUUGUUCCAUUGCUUGAACCUUCGUACAUGCAACAAUUUCCAGAGAUUACUCUGAGAACCAUACAUUGUAUUAGAAAAUAUGCCAAACAUCAGCAAAUUGAUUUAGAAACAGCAAAUGUACCUCCAGUGUUGAACUCGAAUUCAGUGCUACUUAAGGACCACUCAAGAUUAAUUCAUAACAGGUUUAAACUGAUUCUACAAUUGGUAAAUCUUGGAUUGUUUUAUCGAGCAAUACCUUUUGAAAACACUGUGAGUGAAUCCAACGAUAGUGACUCUAUUUCAUUCAUGAAGACGAUUUGUCUGACUUGUAUUGAAAUUAUCCACUACUUGUUAUUGUCAAAAUUGAGUUCGCUGUUUGAGAGAAAUUUAGAAAAAUUUUUGGGAAAGAACAUUGUCACUUGUUUGUUGCAAAUCAACAGCAUUAAUAAUAGAAGAUCUAAUGCCAUUUUACUCUUCCCAUACGUUCAAACCUUUGAUGAUUUUUAUCAAUUUAUUCGAACAGAUCAUUCAGAUUAUUUAUUGGUAUGGAAUAAGGAAAUUCGAGGAGAUUUAGAAUCACUCAUUCAAGCAUGUAAGAAUGCCAAUGACAAUGAAAUGGUCAAUCAAAUAAUUCAAAAUUUUGUGCCAAACAGUCUAAAACUUGAAGGAGUUUUACCAUUAUUGAAUCCAGUGAUUGAUAUUUACACAGAACGUCUUUACAGAGCAUUCAAAGAUAGUAAUGUCAGCAGCUUGGGUGAAUUUUUCGAACACACGAAUGAAACUAUUGUGAACUCAACGACCUUUGUGCAAAGUUUAAUUUCUAGUUUACAUGCACUUUUGGUGGAAGAAUACAAACAGAAAUCUGUGAUGAAAGAUCGUUUGAGACCACUAUCCAUCCAAAUUCGACUUUUGCAUCUCAUCAUUUGCAGUGAAGAUUCUACAGAUCCAACCAGAGAAACACAAGAACAACAAUUAGUAUUCUUCAAUGAGUCAUACCAACAAAUUAUGAUUCAUUUGUAUCACUUAUUCAUUGGAUAUCUUGAUACCCUCUCGUUGGAAGAAGAGUACAUAUUGGUUGCUCUUGAUCAGACCUAUCAAAUUCUUUCGAGAAUCACCAAAUUCUAUGCCAAAUUUUACACCAAGAUUGGUUCCCAAAAAACAAGAGAUUUCUACAAAUUGGUAUUGGGAUGUUUACACAAAUAUCUUACAUAUAUUUUCUAUGCAAAGCAAACUCAACAUGUCCAAAGACAAGAGGCUCUUUUAUUGAAUAUUAUGGAAUUCAUUGCUAAUUUCUUCAAGACGCAACUUGAUGCCAACGAUAGAUCUACUUUUUCUGUGAAUAAUGGUUUAUUUGUGACACUUUUAUAUGCAUCUAUUGUUGGAGGAAAAUUUGACAAAAUGGCCGUAAGAAAGAAGGCGACUCAUUUACUCUCUCUCUUUGUGAAAUUAUCCAUUGAACAUGUCCAUUCUUUAUUGAAACAAGCAUUGUUCCCACUCUAUCAUACAUUCCUUCAGCAAGGAGAUGUAGAAGGUUUCAUCAGCUACUUUGAUGAAGAUCAUGUUAAUCCAGAGGUUAUUUGGAAUGCAAAAUCAAGAGAAUUACUUUCGGCAUAUUUGAAUGAACAUUUGAAACAAUUAUUCAACCACUUUUUCAUUUCAAAACGAUUGGAAGAUUACUCCUUGGAUGUACAGUCCUUUAGCAAUACAUUUAUACUCGAAAGUGAAUACGGAUACAAGAUUGGUCCAGUCUAUUUGAACAAGUAUAAUGAAAAUCCUGGCUAUAACUUUACAGUGAUCACCAAUCAACAAUUUUUGGAGUUAAUUAUUGAAAGACUUUCUGCUCUGUGUGCUAAAUUUGAGGAAACAAAAGUGAAUAACACAGAUGAAAGAAAAUCGAUUUGGAGAACUGCAUUCAACUUUAUUCAAAACCAAUCUCUCUCCUCUGACAAGUCUUUAGAGAAUAGUACAGGCCAAAUCCCUUCAAAUGUUGAACAACAACUUUUACUUUUAUUGGAGCUAUUUUGUAGGGAAAUUAUUUAUAUUACACAAUCCGAAGAGAAGCAAGAUCUCUUUGUCAUCAACUUGCUCUGUUUCUUGAGCUCCUUCGUGAAAAAGUAUUCAAACACUUUUUGUCAAUUUUUGAGCAAUUUUUCAGAUUUCACAACUAUUUUGUUGAAUGUUGGAAAUCAGUACAGAAAUAUUUUGAGAUCUGUCUUGCAAAUAUUAUUGGACCUAACCUCCAUGUUAAUUUCUUCCUCCUCAACAACAGCAUUACCUCAAGACCCAUCUACCACAACGUCAACAGCCUCUUCAACAAGUAUACCACCAUCACAAAUUUCUACUUCAUUAUUUGAGUCUUUGAUCGAUCAACUUGGAUCUGAAAUUAACCUUGCUUACAUUUUAAUGUUCAUUGUGAACAAAAUUCAACCUACACAAUGUGCUGAAUUUUUGUUGAAUUUUGCCAAAGUAGACUCUCAUUUGACUCAAUUCCUCACUGAAGCGUAUUCCAUUCCUCAAACAUUUUUCACUUCUACUCAUGAGGGACUUGUGGAAUGCAUUCACAAUGUGAACACUAAUAAUAAUGAAGGUUCGGAAUGGACAAUGGAAAAGUUCCAAAAUCUUUCCACCAAGUGUCAACAAAUUGUCUCAGAAUUUGAACAACAACAAGUUGGGACGAUGCAAUAG